AUGGGCGCCAAGCAGAGCGGCCCCGCCGCCAACGGCCGCACCCGCGCCUACUCGGGCUCGGACCUGCCCUCUGGCAGCAGCGGCGGCGGCGGGGCGGACGGCGCUCGGGCGGCCCGGUUCGUGGCCCCGGUGCCCGGCGCGCAGCAGCCCAGCGCCUCGGCCGGCGCGGCGGCGGCGACAGCAGCGGCCGCCUCGGCCCCGACAGCGCCCCGCAGCCGCUCGCUCGGAGGGGCGGUGGGCAGCGCGGCGGGCGGUCGCGCGGCGCAGUCGGCCUUCAGCAUCCCUGGCGGCGGCAGCGGCAGUGGCAGUGGCCCGUACGGCUCGCAGGACUCGGUGCACAGCAGCCCGGAGGACGGCGGCGGCGCUAGGGAACGGGACCGGCCAGCGGGUGGGGGCCCUGGCGGGCCGCGCCUGGUGAUCGGCUCGCUCCCGGCCCACCUUUCUCCGCACUUGUUUGGAGGAUUUAAGUGCCCGGUAUGCUCAAAAUUUGUACCCUCAGAUGAAAUGGAUUUACAUCUUGUGAUGUGUUUAACAAAGCCAAGAAUAACCUAUAAUGAGGAUGUGCUGAGUAAAGAUGCUGGGGAAUGUGCAAUAUGCCUUGAAGAGUUGCAGCAGGGAGACACCAUAGCACGGCUGCCCUGCCUGUGCAUAUAUCAUAAAGGCUGCAUAGAUGAAUGGUUUGAAGUAAAUAGAUCUUGUCCAGAGCACCCUUCAGAUUAAGCAUCUGAUUCCUGUGUCAUGGGUUUUCUUGUGUUUUCAAGAUGCUUGAGAAAUCUGGAAGAUUUGAAGAUCUAUCUCUGGAAAAAACAAUGAAAAGUGCAGGCUUCCUCAGCCCAGGCUGAGUUCUGUGACACUCGGUGGUCCAGAGGUGGCUGGACCCCAGAGCUUGAGUGCACCAAACUUGCAUAUAAGGGACACACAGGGACUUUGAAAAUGCUGCACAUCCUGUACUAGUCACUGCGUAGAUGAUACUGAUAAACAUUUUGUAUUCGGACGCCAAAGUUAACUAAUUUCAAAGUUGAUUUACUUUUUAUUAAGUUCUGUAGAGCUGCUGUUUUAUUGUGUUUGUUUUGUUUGUUUGUUUGUUUGUCUGUUUGUUUUUAGUUUGGGGACUUCUUAUUUUCCCCAGCAUAAUGUUUUUGCAUUCACCUAUUCUUAACUUGAAAACCACCCAAUUUAGUUUUUACAAACUUUUCAAUGUGAAACCAAGAAAUGUAAUCAAAACAGUAUAAUAUUCUGUGAAUGGAGAGGAUAAUCUUAAGUUCUUCCUUUCCCCCCAUGUGUGAAAAAUAGACUUCUGGGUAGGAAAGCUAAAAUAUGCUAGUAGUUUGAAUUAAAGGUUUAAUAUUAUAAAAAUGCCAUCCAAAGAGUAAAUCAAGUUACAUAAUUACAUUUUAGUUAAUUAAAUGUAGAACUGUCUGCUGAAUUGCAGUUUCUGAAAUACAUUGUUUUUUUAAAUAAAACUGCGCAAUAGCUUGUUAGCAGUGACCAUCUUGCAGCUAUGCAACUUUGAAAAGUCUAGAUUUGCAGGUCUUCAUGCUGGGGCCGCAGUGACUGUCCUAACAGGGGUCUUUUCUUCCUUUUGUGUAACUACUUCAUUGUGCUUUGCAUUGCCAGGCAGUUUUCCCAUGUUUGGUAAAAUGUUUAGCAAGUUGUAAAUUUAAUACCUUAUGAAAAGGGUGAAAUAAACACAUCUGCAGUGGGACUUGUAGUAAUUUGAGGGACAUUUUAUAUACUUUUAAAAAUCAGAUUAUAAUUGGGAUGCCAGAUUUCUAGCAACUUGCAUUUUUAGUUUUCCAGAUAAUCUGGAAGUUAGCAUUUGAUAAAUGAUUUUUAAGCAAAUAUAAAGAUUUUGUUAAUUUAUAAUUUAUUAAUGUGUUGUUACUGUAAUUGAAAAUGUUGUGGAUACUUUUAAAUUCAGUCUUUGUAGAAAGAACUGUAUUAAGCAAAAUUAUGUGAAUAAAUAUUCCCCCAAAAUACAUCUGAUGGUUAAGAAUACUGGAAGAGUGCUGUCAGGCUGCAACAGUGGAUGUCUUUUUUAAAAACAUAUCAGAAUAUUACAAGUAGGUUUCACAUUUGGUGUCCUCAGGAGAAUGUUGCUCCCGAUCUAGUCCAUGCCACACAGUCCUGCUGCCCUGCUGAGCUGCCCUGGGGGUUGAAGUGGGUGCUUCUCAGAUGCUGCUACUCGUACCUCUUAUUUGUCCCCAGCCCUGUGGCUUCUGCUGCCUCUUUUUCAGAAGGGCAAGGGCAGAAGGGCAGGGGGUGGGGGGUCUUCCCAGAUAAUGGGAAGCGCUGCACUGCUUUCCUGUUGUAGACUAGAUAGAGCUUUCCUGCGGUUCAGCCGUGGGCUGUUACGGUCAGUGGUCAGACACCCAGAACCUCAGUGUGGCAGCUGCCAGCACAGCUCUGUAGCUGCCUUUUUUCAGCCAGUUGUAGGAAGUUACUCUUCCCUCGGGGGAAAUUUUCUUUCCUUAAGUUUUUUUUUUUUUCUGCUAAUAUGAAAUCUGAAUCUGAAUCCAUUUCACUUCAUCUUUCAGUCUGUAAGCUUUCUUCUUCUCUCUGAUUUUUCCCAAGCUCUUAGAAUGUGAAUAAUUGCUUUGCUUUCUACUACUGGUAUAUUGUUGUGGUAAGAAUUAUGUCUGCUGUCUUCUCUUCUUGGAGAGAAGCUGUGGUAAUUAAUAUUUAGAAUCCCCUGGAAGGUGACCUGCUUUGUGUCAAGCUCAGCUUCCUGGACGUCUCUCCUCAGUUCGCCCUUCCUUCAUCCUGUCCUCCAGCGGUCCUGACGGCUCCCGUGCCUUGGCUGUGAGGUCAGAGCGCAGUGCUGCCCUGUCGAGGACACGGACGGACGGACUGUGCUUGUCUGGACAGUAUUUACUGAAAUGCGUUAUAACAGCCUUUUUAUUUCUCAAAUUUUAUAAAAUUAGCAUUUUUACUUUAAAUUUUGUUUGCAGUGAUUUCCUAUAGAGAACAGUUUAGAAAUAGAGGAAAAGAGAGAAGCUCAGAUGUUCCAGUUUCUGUUCAGAGUUCCUGUUCUAGGAAUGUUAUAUAUGUGAGACUUUAUAUAGCAUUGCUUAUAAUAUUUAUCUGUCUGUGUGCGGACACUGAGUAGCAUCAGUCAUAAAAUUAUGUUAGCUAUCCGAAUAUUCACCUGAAACUACUGAUAGCAAAUACUAUGGCGAUGGAAUCAAAACUGGGGGCCUCACCCAGCCAAUCACCCCUCCUAGAGUCUUUGUAAAUGCUCCUGGGAUAAGGUUGCACGUGUAUGGAGGAGGAGGCACAUGCUUGGGUUUCUCUAGCGCCACUCUGUCCAUAAUGAAUCUGUUGCCAUUUAUUUUCUUCUUUAACCUGGCUUUUCAUUUCCUCUUUACCGAGAUAUUUAAGAGAAAGCACUGUUCUCUUUAGAAAUCCAUUCACUUUAUUUGACCCUCUCUAGAGCAAUAGACAUAAUGAUUUUCAAACCAAGCUACUAAUCAGACUGCAUGAUUGUUUUAAGAAGAGUGUUUCUGACUGUUAAUAAGCAGUGGUCUCUGCCUGACUUGUUUUAUGUGACAACAGAAGCCAGUGUAAAGUCAUGUUGACUGGAGUGUAUAGGUUUGGGCUCUCUUCUGCAUUCUUUGUUACAUAAUAAUUCGGUUUCCACCCCUUUAGACACUAGAAUGCAGCCCAGAAAAACAAGGACAAUCCUGAGCAGUGCUGCAGCACACCCAGCAAAGCUGUUUCCACCUGAGUGAGCGCUCAGGAGUGGCAGUGCCUGUUCAGACCUUAUUUCACGCUGUAGUUCUAAGUCUGGGUGUGCUGAGGUUUCAGAGCGCUCGUAUCCCACUGGGCGUGGUGCUUCACAGGCACGCACUCAGGAAACAGGAUUACCACGAGGUCCAGGCUGGCCUGGCCUGCAGAGUGAGUUCUAGGCUAGCCCGUCUCAAAAACAAACAAACAAACAAAAGCAAUCAUUUUAAUAUGUUACAGCAAGACAUAGGCAUGUUCCUUUCAGCGAAAGGGAUCAUGGAGUCAGUGUAAAUAGUACCUGCUUUCCUGUACCAUCCUGCGUGAAGUAAGAGGAUGUCCCCAGCAGUGAGCCGACGGUGAGCAGAGCACUAACUCUCACAAUUGAAGAAGAGGUGUGUCUGUAGCCUGACUGAUAACUGCACUGCGCAUUGGCCUUAUGACCAGAUAGCCUUAUGCUUCACAGAGGAGGGUUCCAUCUAAACCAGAGCCAAUCGUCAGGGCACACAAAGUUACUUAGAGGCAAAUGGUGCUCUUGUCAGCAGUGCCAUUUGCUGGUUGUAGGCGCUCUGGCGCCUUCAGCCAUUUUCCUGUGGGUUUGGUUUACCCUGGUGUAAACUCGGCAUUCACUGGCAGCAAGAGAUGAAGUGUGAAAUGCCCCUCGUCAAUCACUGUACAGAUAUUUUAACUUUAAAACUUUUAGCAUGUCAGUACUUCGGAGCCCAUUCUCUUAUUUUUCCUAAAAUAUGUCACUUGUAAUAUUUUCUUAGCUGUAUGAUAUGACUACAGUGACCUUACCUGUUUCACUGCCCAUUCUUUCUCCUCCUCACAUCUGCUGGAUCUGAAUGGUGGCUGCUCCGCGCACUUCUGGUAGUGAUCCACUCCUGAAAUUGUUGAUAAGGCAUCCUUGGUGGUUAUGUACCCAACUAAUACUCUUUACCAUAUUCCGUAAAUGUGCUUAAACUAGGAAAUAGUAAAAAAUGUAAAUCAAAGAGUUCUCUGUCUUAAGUGGGAAAUACCUGAUCUCCUAAGUCUGUGGACUUUCUGUGAGACCUUAAAAGGCCUUGAACACCAGAAAUGUUAAUAUCUGGUUUCAUUGAAUAUCCACUGUCAGUGGCCUCACAGCUUUGUUGUCAUCUAGAUGUCCAGACUCUAAUUUUUUGACCAGUGGCUGAAAAUAAGAUUGUUUUAUUUGUAUUGGUCUCUUUGUUUAUGGAGAAGCAAAGAGCAAUUGGCAUGAACUAGCAUCCCCACAAAUGAAGAAUGUGAUACUAUACCGUUUAUUAGCAUGUGUGUUUCUUAGCUCUGUCCCUGGGCCAUGAGGAUCUCAAGAUUGGACAGACAUAGUGACAUUCUCCUGUCACGGAGGAGACAUUUCUGAUUUAGUAUGUUGGAGUUGACAUGUACCGAUCAUUUAUUUGGGAAACUUUGCAACUGCUUGCCGAUUGUCAGCUGUAACUGGCACCAGAAAUGUUUCCUUCAUUAGCCAACCACGUGCAUACCUGGUAUGCUUGAGAGGUUGAGGCAGAGGCGAGGAUCACAGGUUUGAAGCCAGCUUGGGCUACACAGUGAGUUUGAGACCAGCCUGAACUACAAAAUGAGAGCUUGUCUCAGAGUUUGAUUGUAGUCUUGUUAGAGUGUUUGCUUGUACAUAGCACAGUCAGGAGACGUUGGUCUGGGAAGAAACAACAGAGCAUCGGACUUGGUGGCACCGAUUAGUGGUCGCUGUAUGUCUCUGCAGGUGACUUGUCAUGCGGGUUUCUUUGGUUGAAAAUCACAAUAUUUGUCUCCAUUGAUUUGCUCCUGGUUCCCCAACUCUUCUAUAAUACCUCUUUAUUUCCUCUAUCAGAAAGUAUUUUAUUGUUCUUGUUAAAUAAGGCCCUGGAACUAGAGAAAAUGUAUUAGGAACAGCCUGUAUUAGUGUGAUCUCAACAGAAACGGAACAGUUCAUCAUUGAUAGUUUAAUAAAUAAAAUUUCCAAAUGAUCUUGUUAAACUCCUGUUCUUUAGAAGUAGAAAACAAAGAGUGCUCUGAAAGGAAGUCGUCGUGCCCUGCCUGUUAUCUUUAAGUCGACAGUGCAUUGCGAUAGAACAGAUAUCUGAAUGCUGAAAAGUUGCCAUGCUGUAAUUGAUGUUACGGCCUCUUUAUUUUAUUACCCAUAAUAGCAAAGCUAGAUCUAAAAGUAUGAACAUUUCUCAUAAGCUUAUGGUAAUGGACAAAGGUAUGUGUUUUCCCGUGACUAUAAGUAAAGGUGUCCUUUGGAAUACCUGAUCUAAACCUUUAACAUUAUCAUAGAAGUACAGCUGGAGCCCUGUUGGGAAGGGUGCUCUGUGAGUGUGUAGUCACACUUUGUAGACUUCAUUUGUUUCAUAACUUGCCUUUAUUUUUGGAAGCAGUUUUUAAGAUAUAAACAACAUUGGGUUCUGUAGAACCGAUUAAGAAACUAGGCUUUGGGGCUGGACCUCCUAGUCUUAGGCAUCUCUGGCCAUGGGUUUUAUUCUCUGUGCCUUGCCUUGGUCUUCUGAUAUCAGGACUCUUGUAUUAAUAAGAAGGUAUAUGUAUUCCAAGUCAGAUACGUAAUAUACAUAAAUGUUGAUUACUAAACAAAAACAUUUGUACCCAUUUAUGAUUUUUAUAAUACAUUUACCAUGAAGUAUGAUGGUAACAUCUGAGAUCUUAACUUGUGUUUUGGAAGAAGCCAUGGAUUAACAGAGAGCAUCGUGGGUUCUGAUUUCCAUUCUCAUCAUUUGGUGAAAGUGCUGUUUGAACAACUUUACAUUAAGCAGCUUUUGAUUCCAUGCUUCUUGGAACUAGGAACAUAGUAAUGAAAGUCAGCUGGCCCCUGGGAGCUUAAUUUAAGUUACUGUUGCACACUGGAGAGUAAGUAAUGAGCUGUAGCAGACAUUACUAUGUAAUACGACUCAGAAGAGAUGAGCGCGUGAUUAGGUCUUUAAGAAUAGAUAGACGGCCAGCUCUGGAAAGAGUGCGCAAAGAGACUUGUACAGUAGACAGAAAAUGAGAAAAUCAGCCUUCACUUUAUCUAGGGAGGCAAGCAAACAGUAGCUCAUGCAGCAUGUGUGUGUCUAGCUGUGACUAGAGGACUUUCCACAGGAAAAAGACAGCCUUGCUUACAUUCCAGAUUGGGAAAGUGGAGACUAGAGGCAGAAAGGCCUGCUAGGAAAUCUAUAGUAACUCGAGAGAUGAGCGGGAAGUAAAGGGAAGGGAGGGCAAGAGGACUGGAAACUUAAGAAGGAAAGUUGACUCCCCUCAGCAGUCAUCUUUGCAGAAAGGCGUAGAGAGCUGGUGGGACAGCUCCUUGUCUUUUUUGUAUAUCGUGAAAGGUAGACAGUACCUAGGGAAAUCUGAUUCUGCCAGGAAUAUCCUAAAGAGCCAUAAAUAAGGAGCGUACGUAUGAAAAUGAAUUGAGGUGGAGGACUGGAUAGAGGUUUGAGCACAAAGCCAGAAACGAAUACAUGCAGUUGCUUCAGGGUCACAGUGCCUUAGGGCUUCAAACAUUGCCAGCACUAACUGCGAGAGUGAGGGGCACGGAGUUAUUUAGCUUGGCUUAAGUUGGACCUCUCUUGAAGCCCCAUUGCCUUAGCUCCUGUUGCUCUGACCCUUGCUUAGUGAGUGCCAACCUGUGCCCUGAAACACUCUUGAGAGUUUUGUCUUGGGUUCCUUUCCAUUGUGCCUGACUUCAGAUCUUGACAAUGAAAAGCAAAGGUACAACUUGGUUUGGGUACACAUCUAUAUCCUGGUGAUGAUUGCUCUUAAAGGCAGAUUGGGUUGUGCUCUGUAGAAGGACCAGAAGGCUACAGGUUGCUGUUUCAUGGUCUUUGCUGUUAAACAAAGGACAGAAAGGACUGGUAAAGGCUUGGAGGAGCAGCAGCCUUAGAGUACAGGUCAAGGAGGCAGCCUACUGAUGAUCUAGUCUAACAGCACAUCCAUGGCAACACCACAACAGAUUGCUCUUCAGAGGACAGGAAGUCACAGGCCAGACCUGUGAAACAGUGGUAUCUAUCCCGAGAGAUAUAUCCCAAGAUGACAAAAUCCCCUAGGUUUAUAUAUUUCACAUAAAAUGCUUUUUAAAAAAAAUGUCUGCAGUACUUAUGCUAAUAUAAACUUAAAAUUUUGUCAAAUAGUGCUUUACUCCUAAUAAUAUUUUGUGAGCUCUUGAACUUACUAUGUUACGGGAGUCAGAUAGACUAUAACCAAAAAAUACCUUCCCAAUAAAAUAAAUUUGACUUUUUACUAUUCCUGAUAUACUUGGUCCUUUGGGAGCUGAGUGAUCAGAACAUAGUGUUGGCCAUAGUGUAAAACAACUUUAGGAAAAUAAACAGUUGCAUAUCAUGAGCCCUUGGUAGCUUGUUAAUGCCUGAGAUGUUUAGUGUUAGGUCAGGUGUGGUCACACACACCCUCAGUCUCAGCAUUCAGGUGGCAGAGGCAAAAAGAUCUCUAAGUUUGAGACCAGCCUGGUCUACAACAGGCCAGCCAGGGAUAGGUAGUGAAACUCUCCAAAGAAGUGUAAGGCUAAUCACCACCCAGAUAUCCAGGUUCUGUACACCAAGGAUGGCAUAUAGUUCAUCUGUUGUUAGAACACAACCAUAGACUGCCCUAGACUACUCAGACAUACAGAUCCAUCUUGCCAUGUAAUUGAUUUGACAAAAAGUCCCCAACUGAUAAAUCACUAGGCUUUUGGUUUUCUGUUUUCCAUCUCUGAGAUCUAUCUGGAACCAGCCCUGUUCUCAGUGCUCAGCAGUUAAGUGACCAGUGGCUGUUGUCCUGGAAAGUCCAGGUUCAGACAACUCCCUCAGAAGUGUUUUCUGACUUUUUGUACCUGGAUAGUUCUGAAGGCUUGGUAAGACCUUGACCUCAUUUGGAGCUGGUUUUGUUUAGCAGCUGCACGUGAGCAGCUCUUGCUCUGUAUAGGGACUAGAUGGAAAUAGUGUCAACUUCAGCAAAAGAGCUUGAAAACCCUUUGCAAAAUUAGGGUUUUUGUGUAUUUUCACGGACAACUCUGGCCUUCAGUGUGGCUGCAGCUUUUGAUGAUUCUAUUCAGGCUUCGAUUAGCUUGUUGUCCUGCACAGGAGCUGAAGGGUUCUUGGGGUCUGAUUAACCAGAGUUGUUCAUGAGCUCCUUUUAGAUGUAUCACCUCUCAAGUUCUACCUGGCCAUAUUCCUGACCAUCUAAUUGUAGUUGAUUUUACCAUGUUUAUGCUUGAUGCCUUUAAGCUCAUCCACAAAAUACUCAUUUGCAAAAUAGACUUCAUGACCUAGUGUGGGGAGCAGUCUAGAAGUAGUGAAGUCUAAAUAUUAUUGAGGCCACUGUCCAGGUUGCUGAGGGGUCUUGUGCUCCAGUGUCCAGCUGAAGGGAGUUACUUCAGGUUAAACUGUGCCCUGGGAAAGGCAUGUCAUAUGUUUGUGCCUUUUGAUGCCUGUGAGUCAGUAAUUUCUCAGAACUUGGCCGAGCAUAAGAUUGACUCGAGAGGCAACAGGGAAUGCAGGGGCAGCUCUUUAAAUCUGUCAAGGCCUCAGCCUCACCACAUGGACUCUAGGCUAAUCUUUGCAGUGUGGUCCUAUUGGGUGUCCAUACUGGAAUAGGUUCAAGAGACCUCAGACCUGUGCAGCCAGGCUCUUGACAUCUCUUCAUCUGCUCUUCCUAUUAAGUCAACAUCUCUUGAUGAAUGUUGAGAAGCUGCUCUUGGUGAUGUUAUAAAUCCUCCCCCUGUGGUAAGGAAUAAGUGACUUGUCAGGGCUCCAACAUUUUAUUUUGCACAGCCAAGUUUAGUAGGUUCCUCAAAACCUUUUUUACCUCCAGAGCAAAAGUCCUCUGACUUGCAGGCUUUUAUCUUCUUCACAUUUAAUAAACUCAGCUUUACCCUCAAGACUGAGCACUGACAUCUCUCUCUUGGCCCUGAAUCGGUGACCCUAGUGAGUCAGAGUUCCCAGAAGCACCCAGAACACAAGAAGUUACCAGGAACAAGGACCAUAGCAGUUAAAAAUAGUAUCGCUAGCUGGCCUAGUAGCACACACCUAAUCCCAGCACUUAGGAGUGGAGGCAGGAGGAUCAGUAGUUUAAGGUCACCCUCCUUUCUACAUAGCCAGAAACUAGCUUGGGCUACACAAGACCCUGUUCUCUAAAACAAAUGUUGCAUUCCAGCGAGACAGAAAAAGCUGCCCCAGCCUGUGUUAGUCACGGAAUGAGCCUUCAGCUCAUCCUGCAGAGGAGCGUGUGAAGCUGUGCUGAUGGGGGCAGACAGGGAGCCGAUAUUUGCUCUUUAUAACAAAAAGGUUGGGAAUAAAAUAGAGCAGCCAUAAGAAUAAACUGGACACAUGCCUAUAGUUCCAACACGCAAGAAUCGAAGACGGGAGGCUUGCUGUGAAUUUGAGGCUAAUGUGGGCUCCAUGGUAAAGACCAGAGCAGCUAAAGCUACAUAACUAGACCAUCUCAGAAAGCAAUAGGUUUGAAACACUGUUCUUGAGUAGGCAUGUGUCCUUGGGUCUUGGAAGGAGUAAGGGAGGGCUGUUGCCCAGGACAGUGGUCUCAUAUACCAGACUGUUGUGCUACUGAGAGCCAGCGUGUGCACUGCGGAUGCCAGGCAGACGUGGUGGCCCCGUUUCCUCAGCAAGAGCAAUGGUGUCCUGAUCAGACUGGUUCUUUUUCAGAGCAGCUUUAGUGACUUAAAAUUUUACAUAUAACAGAAACACCCGUGGGGAAUAGCACCUAAAGAAUUGGACAGAAAUGCACCUACGUGGCUUUUCUAUGCAACCAAAAUAGAGACCAUUCUAUCAUCCUCAGCGUUACCUCAUGUCCCUUGAGUAGCUUCCCACCUAUCCACUCAGCUCAAGCCGCCGCUGUCUGCUCUGUGUUGCUAUGUACUUGGUGAAGUCAGUGUUUUAUUCAUGUGUGGUUUCACUCAGCGUGGCUCUGUGAAGAACAUCCACCUUGUUACUUGAGUCAGUUUUCUGCAGAGUCAUGUUCUGUUACAUGAAGAUGCUGUCAUCCUAUUGGUGUAGACCUCAGCUGUUUUAAGUUUGGGUUAUUAUGAAUAAAUGAUUAAACAUUUAUAUACAAUGUGUGUGAACAUAUAACUUCAUUUUUCUUCAAUAAAUAUUGGUGGUAAAAUUGC